UUGCAUUUACGUGCGUCGCGCUACCGGACAACAACUUUACGUCCGAAUUAUGUGAACUAGAAUCAUUCCCCUAAACAUCGAGCCAUCGACAGCGUAUCGACUAUCGAAUAAUAGUGGAUGGGUGUGUGUUGAGUGUUGAAAGGGUUCUUCGCGAUGUGCCGGACGAUCCAGUGAUCGCAUCCACAGGUGUUUGUGUGUCCUGGACCGGGACAGUGUGAGAGUGUCAUGGUUAAUAUCGUCGAAGAAUAAAUGGGAAUGUGCGAGAGAAUGAAGGUGAACGGCGCUAAGGGGUGGAAUAUGGAGCGCCUUCGAUUUAGAUGCAGACUGUUGCUGUGCUCUUGGUUUCUUCUUGGUUGCUGCGGACGGUUAACAUUUGCAGAUAAUUCGUUGCAAGCACCUCGAUUCACGACCUCUCUAUCCAGCAAGAUUACGAUCAGAUUAGGGACGAUUAAAAUUAUGCAGUGCCAAGUAGUGGGAUAUCCACCACCACAUUACAAGUGGUUAAAGGACGGUCAACCCAUCACCGAUUUUUCCACCGAUCCGUUUUACAAGAUAAUCUCUGCGAAACAUGAGGACGAAGGUAGUUACAGGUGCAUCGCCUCCAAUAAGAUCGGUUCCAUCGUAAGCGAAGAAAUUAAAAUUAUUGUUGCGUACAUGAACGUUUUCAAGGACCAAACGGAACACAGCAUCACGGCUGAGGAGGGUCAAGUUGCCAUAAUAGAUCUUCCGGAAAUCGAGGCGAAACCGCCACCGGAUGUCACUUGGUACACCGACGAAGGCAUAUUGGAUUACGCUCAAAAGUACUACAAAUCCAAAUCCAAUCAGCUCAUCAUCUUAGCCCUUGACAAAUCCGACCAAAAGCCAUACAGGGCACGUGCCAUAAAUACAUUGGAAGGUAACGAAGAAAACAGCGCAUUCAUACGACUGACCGUAAACGAGAACAAGGACAACAAAGAAAUAGCCCCGUCUAUAAUAAUCGCUCCGGAAGACACAAAAAUCGUAAAGGGCACCGCACAAACAACGCUGGAAUGCGUGGCGAACGGCAAGCCGCUCCACGAACUCGAAACGAUUUGGUACAAGGACGGUAUCCAGAUCGAGAGCUCCGGCAUCGCUUACGCCUUGAACGACGUCUGGAACCGCAGUUUGUCGUUGAUCUCCGUCAACACCACACAUAGCGGCAAAUACGAGUGCAACAUCAACUUGCGCUCGGGCGGUUUUCCCACCGUCAAGGCGGUCGCCCAGGUCGACGUACUGGAGAAACCCAGGUUUUUCGGUAGCUCGAAGCCGGAAACGUUGGGCGAGUAUGGGCUGCAACUGAGCUUGCCCUGCGACGUAGUCGGGAUACCAACGCCUAACGUCAGUUGGUACAGGAACGCUGAGCCUGUUGACUUAAGCGAUAAGAGAUUCGUCAUGCAAGAGGACAAGUCUCUGCUUAUUAAAAAAUUAUUGAUAACCGACAGCGGAAUGUACCAGUGUUUCGCCACCAACGAAGCGGGCGAAAGCUCCUUGUCCACUUGGCUGAAAGUAAAAACGGCAACACCCGUCAUGGAAUUCGGUCCGAAGAACAUGACCGUGCUUGACGGCAAAGAUGCAACUUUAAGCUGCAGGGCUGCGGGUGCACCGAUUCCCAAUGUGACUUGGAUUUAUAACGGCGAAUACAUCGAAACGACCAGUCGCGUUCAAAUUCUGGAGACGGGUGAUCUUUUGAUAGCGGCGGUGCGGACGAGUGACGCCGGUCACUACACCUGCGUUAGGUUCAACGAGGCCGGCGAAGUGAGAGGAUCCGCCUAUUUGUCAGUCCUCGUGAGGACGCAGAUCAUACAACCACCUGUUGAUACAAGAGUGCUUCUGGGACACACCGCAACGUUGCAGUGCAAAAUUUCAUCGGAUCCUGUCGUUCCAUAUCAACUGGACUGGUUUCGGAAUAAACAGAAAAUCAACCCGACUAAUUCGCAUCGUAUAAACGUCCUGAGCGACGGAACUCUCGAAAUACAAGCGGUGAGAGCGUCUGACGUGGGAGUUUACACUUGCGACGUCCGUUCACCUGGCGGUAACGAAACUAGGGCUGCGAAAUUGAGCGUUAUCGAACUACCUUUUGCACCAAGCAAUGUCAAGGCGGAACGCGUUGACGUCGGCACACAAAGAGCGGUCAACGUCAGCUGGACUCCAGGAUUUGAUGGAAACAGUCCGAUAAAACAGUAUAUCGUUCAAAAAAGAGAAGUUCCAGAACUUGUCCCGCCGAUUUCAGGUCCCAUCCCGGAUCCCCUGCUCAACUGGGUGACUGAAAUGAGUAACGUUUCGUCCGACCAACGUUGGAUCCUGCUCACAAACCUGAAGGCCGCCGCCGUUUAUCAGUUCCGAGUGAGCGCAGUUAAUAGUGUAGGCGAGGGAAGUCCCAGCGAACCUAGCAAUCAAGUCAUGUUGCCGCAGGAAGCACCGUCUGGACCACCAGUAGGAUUUGUGGGUUCAGCUCGUAGCUCAUCAGAAAUCAUAACUCAGUGGCAACCGCCACUAGAAGAACACAGGAACGGCCAAAUCUUAGGUUACAUUAUUCGAUACCGCCUUUACGGUUACAACGACAGUCCUUGGACCACUCAAAACAUCACCAACGAAGCACAACGAAAUUAUCUGAUCCAAGACUUGAUAACGUGGAAAGAUUAUGUGGUGCAAAUUGCUGCUUACAAUAAUAAAGGUGUGGGGGUUUACACGGACGGUGCCAAAAUCAAAACGAAAGAAGGCGUUCCAGAAGCACCACCGACGAUAAAACGCGCUGAACCAUUAACUUCCACACAAGUGCAAAUCUGGUGGAUUCCUCCAGAUCCGCAAAAGAUUAACGGCAUCAAUCAGGGAUAUAAAAUUCAAGCGUGGCAGUGGCAUCCGACCAGAGGGCACUUGGUUACGAACACGGUGACCGUACAUCCGAAUCUUUUAGACCCUUAUGCAGAACAAACGGCAAUAAUGGGCGAUCUAAAGAAAUUUACUGAAUAUAAUAUGACCGUACUUUGCUUCACCGACCCAGGUGACGGCGAAAGAAGCGACCCCAUCGAAGUGAAAACGCUUGAAGACGUUCCUGACGAAGUCACUAGUUUGCAGUUCGAUGACAUCAGCGAUAGAGCCGUCAAAGUGCUCUGGCAAAAGCCCAAACAUAUAAACGGUAUCCUAACAGGUUACCAAAUCAAAUGGCAGAUUAAGGACAAGCAAGAAACGAUCCGUGUGCGUAAUUUGACUGCUCAAACACACAGUUUGAACAUUACAGAUUUACAAGCUACAACUCACUACCGAUUCGAAGUGACCGCAAUGACUGCGGUGGGGUUGGGCGUGCCCAAAGUUGCGAUUAUCCAAUCAGGAGUCGAACCAGUUCUGCCACAUCCUCCAUCGAAACUCGCCCUCAGCAACAUCGAAGCUUUUUCCGUCGUUCUUCAAUUCACGCCUGGUUUCGAUGGAAAUUCCUCCAUCACCAAAUGGACGGUUGAAGCGCAAACUGCCAGGAACGCCACCUGGUUUGUAGUUUUUGAGAUUUCCGAUCCGGACGCAACGACAAUAACAGUAACUGGCCUGUUUCCGUUCACCAUGUAUCGAUUGCGAUUGGUGGCAAACAACGUUGUCGGCGCGUCUUCGCCAUCUGAACCUACGAAAGAGUUCCAGACAAUUCAGGCACCGCCUGCACACCCGCCUAAAAAUGUUACUGUUAGGGCCAUGAGUGCAACCGAACUAAGAGUUAGAUGGAUUCCUCUUCAACAAACGGAAUGGUUUGGUAAUCCGAAAGGGUACAAUAUUACUUUCAAAGAACAAAGAAGUGGUGUAUCCCUAAGCUCGACCAUCGACGAUCAUACUGCCAACUCCCAUGUGAUAAUCGGUUUGGAAGAGUUCGCCCUGUACGAAAUCACCAUGAGGGCUUGCAACGAUGUUGGUUGUUCAGCACCAGGACCAAAAGCUCUGGAACGUACCAGAGAAUCUGUGCCAUCUUUCGGACCGUUAAACGUCGAAGCUAAUGCUACUUCCUCGACUACUAUAGUGGUAAAAUGGGGUGAUGUUCCGAAAGAACAUCAGAACGGGUUGAUUGAAGGUUUUAAAGUGUGUUACGCUGCUGCCGAACCGAAAUCACCUCUCGAAUACAAGGUCAUACCCAGCAAUUCUACUUUCACUGCAACUCUAACGGAGUUACGGAAGUUUGUGAUUUAUCACGUGCAAGUUUUGGCUUAUACAAGACUUGGUGAUGGUGAAGCGAGCGUUCCACCUGUUGUCGUACGCACUUUCGAUGACGUACCCGGUGCUCCAUCAAACGUGUCGUUCCCAGAUGUUUCCUUCACAUCUGCAAGGAUUAUCUGGGACGAACCAGACGAACCUAACGGUGAAAUCCUAGCCUACAAAGUAACUUACCACAUCAACAAUGCUGUGACCAACAACAAGUACUCCAAGGAGUUUCCACCAUCAGACAGAACGUUCAGAUUCACACAACUCGAACCAGAAAAGUAUUACAUGUUUUCAGUGACGGCACAAACAAAAAUGGGUUGGGGUAAAACAGCUCACGCCUCCGUCUACACCACUAACAACAGAGAACCACCUCAACCACCCUCCUUGCCGCAGAUCAGCAGAAGUCAGAUACAAAGCACACAGAUCACUUUCAGCUGGACACCAGGUAGAGAUGGCUUCGCGCCUCUGAGGUAUUACACUGUACAGAAGAUGGAGAACAAUGGUCCGUGGCAGUCAAUAUCCGAAAGGGUUGACCCACAGGCUACUUCUUACACCGUCUCCGGUUUAAAACCUUUCACGCCUUACCGAUUUAGGAUACAAGCGACGAACGACAUCGGACCGAGCAGGUUCAGUCCGGAGUCCGUGGAAGUCAGGACUUAUCCAGCUGCUCCUAGUAAACCAGUAACGAACCUCAAAGUUGUACCAAUAACUACCACAAGUGUGGAAGUUUAUUGGACACCAAUUGAAGAACAGUAUUGGAGUGGUGAUAUCAAAACUGGUGGUUACAGGGUGGUUUUUCAACCUGUGUCUGAUUUUCCCACAGCCCUUCAGGCUACUCCCAAGGAGGAAAUCAUGGGAAUACAUGCGAACAAGAUGGUUUUGAGUGAAUUACUUCAAGACAGAAACUACGAAAUUAUAGUAGUUCCAUUUAAUUCUCAAGGUGAAGGUCCUGCAAGUCCUCCGGUAACUGUUUACGUUGGUGAAGCCGUACCAACAGGAGAACCACGAGGGCUUCAUGCCGAUCCUGUUUCUUCGACUGAAGUACGACUUAAAUGGGAACCGCCGCAACAACACAUGCAAAACGGAGAACUGUUAGGUUACAAGAUAUUUUAUUUGGUGACGAAUUCUCCCCAGGAACUGGAAAAGAACAAGAAAUUCGAAGAGGAGAUUGAAGUUGUGGCAGCUUCCACAACGUCGCAUAGUCUUGUUUUUCUGGAUAAGUACACGGAGUACCGCAUACAGAUUUUGGCCUUUAAUCCAGCAGGAGAUGGACCUAGAUCCAUUCCGAUAACUGUAAAAACAAAACCGGGUUUGCCUGGAGCCCCUGGUAAUCUACGUUUUACAGAGAUUACAAUGAACAGUCUCGUUGUUUCUUGGGAUCCACCGAAAAAACGUAAUGGUGACAUCGACGGGUAUAUUGUUACGUACGAAACCACAGAAGAAAACGAAAAGUUUAGCAAACAAGUAAAGCAGAAGGUUUCUAAAAACUCUCUGCAUGUACAGAGUCUGGAGGAAGAAGUAACUUACACCUUCACAGUCAGAGCCCAUACAAUUGAUUAUGGACCAGCGAUUUCAAAUAACGUUACAACUGGUCCUCAGGAUGGUUCUCCACACACUCCCAGGGAAUUAAAAUUGACUAAAACCGUGUCCAAUGUUGAAAUGCAUUGGGUAAACGGGCCAAGCGGUAAGGGUCCAAUUGAGGGCUACUACAUUGAAUCUCGUCGGAAAGAUGAUAUUCGUUGGCAAAUUGUUACAAAAACAUCUAAUGGACCUUUGCAAGAAUUUUCAGUGUCGUAUCAAAGUCUUUUGCCAUCCACCUCCUAUAAUUUCAGAGUGAUUCCUUACAAUAAAUUUGGAAUAAGUCAUCCAGCUUAUUCAGAUCAAUCAGUACUCACUCCAUCGAAACUGUACCUUGAAUAUGGUUACUUGCAACACAAACCUUUCUACAGACAAACCUGGUUUAUGGUUGCUCUAGCUGCGACUUCGAUAAUCAUAAUAAUUAUGGUUAUUGCCAUUUUAUGCGUGAAAAGCAAAAGUUACAAAUACAAACAGGAAGCCCAGAAAACUCUAGAAGAAUCGAUGGCAAUGUCGAUGGGCGAACAACAGGACGUGGCGAUGGACUAUUACCGUUCCAGAAACGGAACGGGAACGGUAGCUUCGUUGGCCGGUACAAUGUCGAAACGGGGCACUCUUUCUAGGAAACCUCAUCAACAUCAACACCAUCAGCCGCCCCCAAUGCUGGGCAAAAGUCCACCAAGACCGUCACCCGCGUCUGUACCCUAUAAUUCGGACGAAGAGAGCCUAAAAGGCUACGACGAGAAUCCAGACGACAGCAGCGUCACGGAGAAACCAUCGGAGAUGAGCUCGUCCGAUCAGGGCUCUGAGAGCGAGAACGAGAGCGUGCGCUCCGAUCCACACUCGUUCGUCAACCACUAUGCCAAUGUGAACGAUACCUUACGUCAAUCAUGGAAGAAACAGAAGCCGGUGAGGAACUACUCUAGCUACACGGACUCGGAGCCAGAGGGAAGUGCGGUGGUCAGUCUGAACGGAGGACAGAUCAUCAUGAACAAUAUGGCGAGAUCGCGGGCACCGUUGCCCGGUUUCUCGUCGUUCGUGUAACUCGCGAUCACGUCAGGACGAGGGUCGUACUCCGCGAUCGGUACGCGGAGCUCGACCACGAAGCGGUGCUAGUUUAGGAUGAUCGGUCGGUUUUUAGAUUCUUAUUAUUGUUUAAUUAAAUCUAUAUUCGAAUAUCCCAGCACUCGUCUACUACUAGCACCAGUUAGUAUCUUGAUUUUCCAAUGGAAGACGUGGAAAAUUUGAUAAUAUAUUGUCUGUGAAUGCUGAAUAAUUUAUUUAGUUUGACUCUCGUUUCGUGCAUUGUACAUAUGCGAUACUCGUUAGAUAGUUGUUUGAUAUAUUGGACCAAAUAUAUGCAUUUAUUUUUUUAUUCUUACGACUUUCUACGUAUUAUCAAAUUUUCGAUUGACAAAAAAUAUAUACAGUUCUUAAAAGACUUGAAUUUUAACUUGAUUCUAUUAUGAAAUUAUUUAAAUUUGUACAUAUUACUUCUUGUUAGAUAAAAUUGUUACUCUUUAUACAAUUUAAACCUAGAUCAAAUUUAACUGUACAUAUUUAUCAUCGUUUCUCAUGCUGUUCCUAUUUAUUCAUAAAUCAUAUACUAAUAAUAAUUUUAUCGUUUUAUAAAGCAAAUCCAUAGAAUCUCGUUAGGUGCAAUUAGGAAAAGAUUAGUUAUUAAUUAACUAUAGUGUGAUUAUGUAUAAAGUUUAUAAAUAAGGCUCAAUACAAGACAUGCCAUUUUGUGAUUUUUUCUUUUGUAUAUAUAUUUUUUUCUAUUAUUAGCUUUUGGUGUUAUUUCAAUAACAAUUGAUGUUUGCUAAACAUAGUCAUAGAAAAAAAUGUCCCCAUGGUUUUAAUUUAUUAAUAUAAGCACUCUAUACAAUUUUUGAUGUACAAGUUCUUAAAAAUAAAUUUUCAAUAUUUUCACUAUUCAUUCAAAUCAAAAACUAAUAAGAAAAUUUAUUUUCAAUGGCUUCUCUUUAUAUUAAACCUUUUAUAUUUUUCUAUAAAAUAUUAUUAGAUAUGUGGUUUUAUUUGGCAUAAAUAAUAUAAGAAACUGUACUUAAAGUCAAUUUCUCUAUACAAAUAAUAAUUCAUUGCACUUUGCCGAUUGCAAAAUCUACCUACCUACAAUCUUGAAGAAAUUGUGUAGCAAAAUUUACCAAAUGGAAGUAUAUAAGACUUAUUGUAUUCUUUAAAAAACGAUUAGCAAUGUACUGAUAGGUUUACACUGCCUUUGUUUUAUAUAAUUUAUUAUUGUAAUAAGAAUUGUUUGUAAAAUAAAUCUGUGAUUCUAAUA